AUAGAAUGGAUAACAAAAAAAGGCUCCCAACCCAGAGGGCGAAGACUUCAGAGAACACUAGCACAGCCAAGACAAAGAAACCAGAUGCUCCAGAUCCCAAGAUUGUUACAGAGCAAAAAGACACUAGGGCCGUGGUGGACCCAAAGAAGACUGGAACAGAUCAGAAAGAGAAAAAGAGUGUGACCAUCCUUACAGAUCCAAAGGACAAAAAGAUUGUUCCUGAGCUAAAAGAAAAGAAGAGUGUGACAAUAUCAGAUCCGAAAGACAAGAAGCCAGAGACAAAAGACAAGAGGACAGUGACAUUUGUGACAGACAUAAAAGACAAGAGGAUUGUGACAGACACAAAAGAAAACAAGAUUUUUUCGAUAGAGACAAAAGAAAAGGUGGCCGUGCCUGUUGCGCCAGAUGUAAAAGAAAAGAAAAUUGUGCUAGCAGUAGAACCAAAAGAGAAGAUGGUUGUGCCCAUUGUACCAGUUGUGCCAUCUGUGUCUGUUGCGCCAGAAGUAAAAAGGAAGAUCUUAAUGCCAGAGAUGAAAGAGAAGAAGGAAUUACCACUUGUGCCUUCGAUAAAGGAAGUCAAAGCUGUGCGUAUCAUACCAGAGAUAAAAGAAAAGAAGGCUGUGUCUGAGAUAACAGAGAAGUUGCCCAUGGAAGAAACAAGAGAGAAGAAAGUUAUGCUAGAGGCCACAGAGAAAAGGCCUGUGGUAGUAAUAGAGAAAAAAGAUGACGAGACCAGUGACCUGGCUCAGACUAUAGUUGAGGGCGUUCUGGCUGAUGCUGUUCAAAUUGUCGAAGAUGCCAGAAACCCCAUCAAGAACAUCAAGUGGCUUACUCACGGGGAAUUCACAAUAGAAAAUGGUCGCAAGCAAAUUGAGAAGUUUGUUUCGACGUGGGAGUUUCAAAACCGCUGGGUGUACUAUGCGGACUUUAUAGAGAAGAAAGACUUAAUUCACUCCUUCCACUAUAUCUACCGUGUGCGCUGGAGUGCCCCUACUGCCGUGAGACCCAUGGCAAGAGUCAGUGCUAACGCCUUCUUCACCAUCAAGUUCAACAAGAGCAAACCUCCGGAUAUGCCUGUUGAUGUCUCUUACAUCUUUGAGAAUUCAGCACUACUGCAAAGACCAGGAAAGAUUCGAUUUCGAGAGCAAUGGCUGAGGGAUAUUACCGAGACCAAACAUAUUUUGUUGGAGUCUAUCCCUUUCAAAGUUGUCUGAUUCUUGUGUUAUGUUUGAAGACUCUUAACAAUCAACACAUUAAAAAUAUGAAA